CAGCUAGUGCUACAUAGGGUGAUCUCGGCCGCCAUUUCCCCAAACAGUUACGUCGUAUUACACCAUGCUGUCAUAUGCACCACUAAUAUAGCACGUUAGACAAAUUACAACUUCAUAGAAGGAAAGAUACUGUGCAGCUGAAGUCAAACGACCCAAUGCGGAUUGCGCUCCGUUGGGUUGUCUGUUCUCAUGCGACUGCUUGCCACCCAUGGUCAUUACUUUUUACAGUGUCUGGUAUGAUCGUUAAAUUUGGCUGGCUUGUCGCGUCUCUGCUCAUUCUCUUUCGACCCCCUUAUGUUGCAGGAUGUUUGUGACUUCAAAAGCAGAGCCUGACGAGCUCCAUCUCCUGCAAGAUGAGGAUUACCCUGAGCUCCUACACUCCGCUGCUAGACAAGUUGAACUUUACAUUCAUCAACAAGAAAAUAAACGGCAGUCUCUUCAACGACCCCUGGAGUGUCUACAAAGCAGAACCAUCCAAGGAGGUUGAUGCUGCAUGGGAGGAGAUCUCCAAGAUCAGAGCGUUGGUUGUCGAGGCCGAUGAGAUAAGGAAGAUGGGGAAAGAUCCCGAGUUCGCGGUCCAAGUUCCACUCGAGUGGGGCUACGGCUCCACCAAAUACUUCGCAGAACUCGACUCCCAACACCUCCUCCACUGCCUCAAUACCGUCCGAAAAUACAGCCACUACAGCCACUACUUCUACCCCAAAUGGGGCGACGAGUCCAACAUGCCGGCUCUGGCCGUUGCGCAUCGUUCGCACUGCAUCGGCAUCCUCCUUGAUGCUCUGACGUGCCAGCCUAGCCUGAAUUUGUUGCAUUUCAACUGGAUGGAGACGCAGGAGAAUCCGUUUCCGGACUUUGGGAUAAAUAGGAAGUGUGUGGAUCACAGCGCUGUUCUGGAAUGGCAGGAUAGGGUGGGGAUUAGGGAGGAUUUGGUGGUGGAUGCGAAGAUUGAGAGGCCAGAGGAUGCGAAGGUAAUCCCGGCGUUGCCGCAGUUGCUGGAGCUGGGUAACGGAGAGGGCCUUAUCAUGUAG